AUGUAAUAGUAUAGCAGCAUUGAAGUAAAUUAAUGCUUACAAUCUUAUCUAGCAAUUUGAUGAAUUGAUGAGUAGCAAGUUUUAUAUUGAAGAGGUAUUUGAUGAAAUGUAAAAUGAAAAGUUGGACAUACCAAAUACAGAUAAAAACAAAAUCAUGUUAACACUUGUAAUGUAUAUCUUCUAUAUAAAAAGGAAGAAAAUCUAAAAGAAAAGAAUGAUUUCCUACUUUCAGAAGAUUUUAAUUAGUUUCAAUAAUUGCUUGUUAUUUCAUUGAUUACGAUCAAUUUUUCUAGUGAUGAUCCAUUUUUCAGACAUAUUACAAUGGUUGUCAAGGCUAUCAAAAAAGCCAUUAAGAAAAGACUUACUUAGGACACUAAUUACUUCUAAUCAGUUUAGGAAUAUAAAGUAAGAUUCAUGUUUUCUAAUAGAGAAUUAAUAAUCAACUCUCUUUAAAAUCUUUUAUUAAGAUAUAAACAUUGGAUUCAUCACAUCCACACUAUAAAUAAAGUCUACAGCAUUCAUCUUUCUCAAUAAAUCAAUAGCUGAUAGUUUUAUGAAUAAGAAAAUAUCAAUUGAACAAAAAAAAGAGCGAGUAAGAUUGACUCUCUCUUUUUUCAAUAUCAACAUUUAGAAAGAAUUAAAUGUGUAAUAAGAUUUUAAAAACUAAUUUUUAAGAAACAAUAAAUUCAAAAAUGAAUUUAUUAUCUUAAACGAAGAAUUUGAUCAACAGAAAUAAUGCACAACUUUUCAUGUCUAUAAGCCAAUGGAUGAUUAAAUUUAUUUUGUUAAACGAGUAAAAAACAACCUAAUUAUAGAUUUAAUUGUAAGGCAUUCCUAUUAAUGUUACAUUUCAAGAUAUUUUUAAUACAAAAAGUUCUAAUUAAGAUUACUUAACAAUUCAAGAAGCACGUAUUCUAUAACGUAUUUCACAUCCAAAUAUCAUCAGACAUUAUGAUUGGUGGCUUGAAUCAAAAAAUUAACAACUAUUCCUCUACACUCAAAUUGAAUAUUGCAUCUAUCCAGGAUAUAUCUCACAAACUAAAAACCUAUUGAGUUAUUCUUAUUUUUAUAUGAAUCCUAUGCCAUUGGAAUAGAAGAGCAAAUUAAUAAUUGAAAUAAUCUGCCAAAUAAUAAGUGGUUUGGAGUAUUUGCAGCAAAAACAAAUAAUCCAUGGAGAUCUCAAGCCUGAAAGUAUUAUGGUUACUACAAGUAUCACUGGGGAAAUCUAAGUAAGCCUAUUCUUCUAUAAACGAGGUAAUGUUGGCCGACUUGAAUCAUUCAUACUCUUAUUUCGAAGAUAUGCAAAAACAAUUCAAAUAAGAUUAACCUCAAUAUAAAUAACAAAGCCUUUAAGCUUUGGGAGUAUUGCUCAUGCACCUCAUUCUCACAUUCCCUGGAGAACCAACAUUAAGGAAUAAUUAUGUAUCUAAAUUGUCAAAUUACGACAUUGAUGAUUCCCUAAGUGAAUUUGAUAAAUGGGCUUAGAAAUCUGUAAAAAAUCGACAUAAAGAAUUUUCAUUUUUUUUAUACAAAAAUUUGAUCACAUUAGCAAAAUCCCUUUUAAAGAAAUAGUAAUUUAAUGAAUUGCAUGAAGUAAGAACUUUUAUUUAAAAUAAUAAAUAAUUUGAUCAUCUAUUAGUUUGAUUUAUUUCAUAGUUUUUUUUAUAAAAAUAAAUAAAUAAUAAUGUAAUAGAGAUAGUCUCAUAAAAAACUGCCCUCAGAAGUCAUUCAUUCCAAUAACUAUUAUAUUAUCCCAAAAUCACUUAAGUAUUAAAUUUCAUUUUCUAAAUCUCAGAUCAUCCUAAACUUCAGCCUCGAGUUAGGAGAGAAAAAAGGUUGCCUCGACUAAGAAUAUCGAUUAAUUCGAGUAGAUUUACGAUUCCGAAAAGCUUUUGACAAAAAAUCAAUAAACUACUCCUUAUUAAUCUAAUUUGGAAUUAUAAUAGGCAUUACAUUUUUCUGAAUAAAACAACCAAAAUUUAUCUCGUUAUCAUUAAUAGUUAAUCUAGAAUAACGUAGAUCUUCAAAGUCUUUAUAACAAAUCAGAAACAUAAAAUAAAAAAUUAUAAAAUGAGUUAAAACUAUUUCAAAAUAGAAUUUCACUAAAAGAAAGUUAGCUAAAGUAGGCUUAAGAAAAUGGAGUUUAAUAUAUGGAGGAUAUUGCAGAAUUAAAGAUUUCUAUAUAAAAAGUAGUGUAUUUGUGUUAUAAAAUUAGCUUAAUUCUACGUUGACUAAAAUGAAUGAAGAAAACGCAUUCUACAAGGAUCAAUUAAAUACCGCUGAAACUUAGAAUAUUCUCGCUGGUUAAGGAUUAUCCAGCAGAAAAGAUCUGGAUUCGCAUGGUGAGUUCAACUUGAAUAGAUCAAAGUAAUCUUUAAAUUCUCGAUAAUAAUCUUAAAGUUUUUAAAAUAACUCUGCAUUUACUCACGAUAAUAUUUAGAACUAUUAAAAUUAAAUCUUGCAAUUCUAAAAGGAGUUAGCAGAAAAAAAUCAAUUAAUAGUCGGUUUGUAACAGCAAGUAAAAAAUUUGACAGACUUUUAACGAUAGUUAUUGACAAAAUCACAAAAAAAAUAACACAAUAAAGGAUUAAAAAACUAAAUUUAUACAAGUCCUCGGCAAAAGCCCAUAUAUAAAGUGCAAAUUAAUAAUGAAAGCUAAUUAUUGACUAAUAGAAAUCUUUUAAAUUUAAUUAAUGAAUAACAGAAACCUGAUCUUCGAUUUCAUAAAACCAAUUAAUCAGAAGAAUUUGAUGUAAAAAUAUUACUAGGUUAGGUUGGACCAAGUAUCAAAUCAUCUAUUACAAAUCGAAAGAGCAAAUAAUAGUUAUAAUAGAUUUAUAAGAAAAUUAAUUAAUCUACCAUAUACACUGCUGGUUUAUAUUCCAGUUUGUUAGAUUAUUAAUAUUUAUCAAAUGUAAUAGUAUUAAUUAUCAUUUCAGAGUAAACUAUUAAGUUCUUCUUAUUCUAAAGAUACAUUAUAACAAUGA